AUGGCCGAUAAGAUGGAGACGGAAAUCGAUGUCAAGAAGGUGACGAGGGCUGCCGUGGAUGACGUCGAAUUCGAGGAGUUCCCCGUGCUCGACUGGCCAGGGAAGGGCGGGCCACAAAUUGUGGUCGUCGGUGCACAGAGCUCCGGAAAAAGCUCUGUGAUAGCAGCAAUCGUUGGCCGAGAUUUUCUUCCGCGCGGGACAGGGAUAGUUACAAGACGGCCGCUUCAUCUCCAGCUUUGCCAUGUCCCUCUCGACGAUGCGGCGAGUCGGCAGGGACAGCUGGGUGAUUGGGCCCGUUUCGACCACACCGGAGAUCGCACCUUCGAAGACUUCGAAUUAGUGCGAAAAGAGAUAGAGGAGGAAACCGACCGUCUUACGGGUAGCAAUACGGAAAUAUUAGCUACACCGAUAUCCCUGAGGAUUUACUCACAUCGUGUGGUUAACAUGAGGCUCGUGGAUCUGCCGGGUAUGACAAAAGUUCCCGUCGGGGGACAACCUACGAAUAUUGAGGAGCGAAUCCGUGCGCUGAUACUCCCCUACAUUACGAAUUCGAACUCGAUCAUCCUCGCUGUGAUACCUGCAAAUCAAGAUUUCGUCUCUUCGGAGGCGUUGAAGAUGGCGCGUGAAGUAGAUAGUGAAGGGGAGAGAACAUUGGUAGUACUCACGAAGCUCGAUUUGAUGGAUCACGGGACGAAUGCGCUCGAUGUGUUGACUCGCCAGUUGGUUCACGUGAAGCUCGGCAUCAUUGGAGUCGUCAAUCGAUCCCAGGCUGACAUCGAAGCUCAAAAGCCACUCGAAGAUGUGUUACGCGACGAAGAGUCAUUGCUCGCUCGCGAGUACCCAACGCUUGCUUCAAGACAAGGAACCCGCUAUUUGUCUCAGACAAUCGUUGGGCUUGUUGGAUCGACUUCCCGUCAAACACUCAUCCCUCCAAACAUUGCUGAAGAAGAAAAAGCCUACUGUUUGCAGCUGUACAAGCGUCUCGUAUCCACAACGGUCUUCCACGAGCAUUUUUUUUCUUUGCCGACGAUUGUCCUCAGCAAUCCGCCGUUCCACCUGACACCCAUGGAUUUGGGCAUGAUCGGCAACCAGCUGAAAUUCGGCCACUACGGCAAAGACCGACUUAUGGCGGAUCUUCGAGCGAUGACCACCACCUGCGUCACCUACAACCCGGGCGCACUGAUGACUGAAGCCGCAAAGCAACUCGACAGCUUCGUUCAAGAACAUUGGGAGCACAUAGCUUCUAAGAAGGCACCCCGAAUUUUUGCACAAAUGGAUUGGAGGCAGAUUCGAGAUGUUGGAAAAAAAGUCCGCUUCACCCAGAGCUGCGCCAAGAAACAUGGCCCCGGGCAGCUGCACCUCGUUGCCCAUUUCCCGGAAGAACACACGUCUUUGGAGAUGGCCCUUACGGACAAUGGCGUUAUUUUUAAUUACUGCACUUGUGAGGUUGAAGCGAAUUGGGAAGCCAAAGUUGCCCCUAUGAAGCCGAUCCACGAGCAGAUCACCACCGGCAAAUACCCACUCGGCGAAGAAGUCGAAUAUUACAUCCCGGGAAAAGACGAGCGCAAGGCCAGCGAUCGCAUCUCCAAUGAGGAAAAGAAGGCUAUGGAUGCCAGCUUAGAGGAGAUGUGGCAGGACUAUCGCCGUGCGGCCGAGGCUCAUCGUCAAGUACGCAAAUACGUCAAGUCAUGGGUGAAGCCCGGGAUGAGAAUGAUCGACAUUUGCUCGCAUCUCGAAGCCACUUCGCGGCGGCUAAUCGGCGAAAUGGGACUUGAAGCUGGACUGGCUUUUCCCACCGGCUGCUCGCUGAAUGAAUGUGCUGCAUAUUACACCCCGAAUGCGGGCGACGAGACUGUGUUGCAGUACGGUGACAUUUGCAAGAUCGACUACGGUAUCCAUGUACGCGGCCGUCUCAUCGAUUCGGCCUUUACCCUCCAUUUUGACCCGAAGUUUGAUCCAUUGGCCAACGCCGUCAAAGAGGCCACGAAUGCCGGUAUUCGUGAGGCUGGAAUUGAUGUGCGUCUCUGUGACAUUGGAGAAGUGAUCGAAGAGGUCAUGACCUCGCAUGAAGUCGAGCUCGACGGUCGCACGUACACUGUCAAGCCGAUCCGCAAUUUGAACGGACACUCGAUCGGACAGUACAGGAUUCACGCCGGAAAGUCGGUGCCUAUUGUCAAGGGUGGUGAGGAGCAAACGAAGAUGGAGGAGAAUGAGGUGUAUGCCAUUGAAACGUUCGGAUCAACCGGCAAGGGCUAUGUUAACAGGGCUGGAGCAGGAAAGAUGGAGUGCUCGCACUACAUGAAGAACUUUGACAGCGCUAAGCAGAAAAUGCCCUUGCGAGCCAUUGAGCUGCUCGACACGAUCGACAACCAUUUUGGGCACCUCCAGUUCUGCCGACGGUGGCUCGACCGUGUCGGGGAGGUGCAGUACGGGACUGCUUUGAAGGCGUUGUGCGAUAAGGGAAUCGUCGACGCCUACCCGCCCCUCUGCGACGUCAAGGGCUCGUACACCGCCCAGUGGGAGCAUACAAUUCUGAUGCGUCCCACUUGCAAGGAGGUCGUCUCUCGCGGCGAAGACUAU